UAAAGAAGAACCUCACAGCUGCCCUCCCACCCUUCACGUUCCUUUCUUUUAAAUUAUUUUUCUUUUGUAUGAAUGCCAUGUCCAUCUAUCUUUGGGGCUGCAACCCCCAUCAGUCAUGUGCAUUGGUCACACUGGCUAGGGAUGGUGGGAAUUGUAGCCCAAAGGUUGGCACUCCUGGCAUGUUGUUGAAAAUCGUUUAUCUGACCCCUUGCCCUGCGCCUGAUUUAUGUCACUUCUGCACCAUGCAUUUAAAGGAGCAGUAUCAUACCAAUUUAAACAGGAAUCCUGGGAGCUGUAAUUUAUUAAGGGUGCUUAGGGUUGUUAGGAAGCAACUCUGUUCCCCUCAGAGGACUAUGAUUCUCAGAAUGAAGAUAAUUACGGUAGCCAUGUGCUGGCUGCUUUUGCCUCUGCCCAGGGAUAUUGUAAUGGCAGGGAAAGGUUGCAGGUUCCUCACUGAGAACUGUUUUUGAGACCCAGUAUGCAGCUGCCCCCAACCCCCCAUCAACCAGUGAAAUACACCAAGCUACAUUUUUGGGCUAUAUGCAUUUAUACCCUCCACCUGCAAAACAGGCCUAAUACUACUUUACAGUGCCCCACAGUAUUGGAAAACAUUACAUGUGAGAUGAGAUAUAACUUAGAAAAAAAUAGGAAUAUUUGGUAACUGUGAAAAGAGAACACAAUAUCAUUAUUUUUGGGGCUAUUGGUGGGCCUAAUAAAGGAAUUAGAGGAGCUCUGUUAUUUUCCCAUUAGUUUGUUGUUUCUAAUUACAAGUACAGGAGGUGUCAUUAUACCAGGUGUGCUGCAGGUUCUCCAAUUAACCUCAAUACAAUCUUUGUGUUCCUCCCUUAAUGGGAUUGCAGCCUUCUUUUAAAAUCAGUGGUGUUGGAAUGACAGCAUAGUUGCUUUGUGAGUCAUGUUGUGACGUAAUAACAGAGUGUAGUUAUCUUAAGGUGCUUAGUGCAGCACAGCAAGUAUUAGUAAAACAUGUGCACAGUCAGCUGAGGUGGAUUUUGGAGCAGAAAUGAAGUACCCUCUGGUCCCUUUAAUUAAUGACCUAACAUUUCCUGUCCUUUUCUUUUGGUUUUGUUUGCCUUUUGGAAUAUUAUUGAUUCUUUUCAUUUUCUGGCUUCAACAUCUACUUAAUGAUGCCCAAGUUUCCAUCACUAAAGAGAUAAAGAUGCCACCCUCUGAUAAUUCUGAUGGGAAUGCUGACCUCGAAUCAGAAAAUGAGUCUAGAGGAAAUAACAGUCAGGGCAAGAUGCACAGAAGAUCCUCAACAAGUGACAUUAGGACAACUCUACCUGUGAAAAAAAUGAAACCCAAGCCUGCCUAUUUGAGUUCAAAAGAGGCUGUCCAGAUAAAAGGGCUUUCUGCCUUUAUUUCAGACAGAUUGGACCAUAAUGUAAAACAGUAUUGCUUGGACAAAAGUUCAUUGUAUAACACAGUAAUGCUGAUCUGCACUCUGCUGGCCUCUCUUCUCUUCAACCUUCUCUGCCAGUUGCUUGAGGUCUCAAAUGUUCUACGAAUCCAGCUGCUGCCUUCAUCUCUGGCUGUCCGGGUAUAUCAGCUCUUUGCCUGGGUGACCCAAAAGCCUGCGAAAAUCAUGAUUUCCUUGAAACAAGAAAUUUCUGCUCGAUCAGCCUUUUUCUUGGGGAAGAGAGAGAAAAUAACUUUUGGGGCUAAAGCGUAAUGCUUUGUACAGGGUAGGAUUAAAAUGCAGUGACUCCA